UUUGAAUUCGGAGCAAGUAGGCUGUAAUAAGCGGCACAAAAUUGCGGAGGGGAGAUAGUGACCUUCUGUUUGUGGAGCUGAUCGUCAGCAUGUCUUUUCCCAAGGCGCCCUUGAAACGAUUCAAUGACCCUUCCGGUUGUGCACCAUCUCCAGGUGCUUAUGAUGUUAAGACUUCAGAAGUAUUGAAAGGACCAGUGUCCUUUCAGAAAUCACAAAGAUUUAAAAAACAAAAAGAAUCUCAACAAAAUCUUAAUGUUGACAAAGAUACUACCUUGCCUGCUUCAGCAAGAAAAGUUAAGACCUUGGGAUUAAAGAGGGAAUCUCAAAAGAAUGAUAAAGAUUUGAAGAUAUUAGAAAAAGAGAUUCGUAUUCUUGUGCAAGAACGUGGUGCUCAGGACAAGCGGAUCCAGGAUCUGGAAGCUGAGUUGGAAAAAAUGGAGGCCAAGCUAAAUGCUACAGUCAGGGAGAAAACAUCUCUCUCUGCAAGUAAUGCUUCACUAGAAAAACAGCUUAUUGAGUUAACCAGGACUAAUGAACUACUAAAAUCAAAGUUUUCUGAAGAUAAUAACCAGAAGACUAUGAGACUUCUAAGCCUUGAGUUAAUGAAACUUAGAAACAAAAGAGAAACGAAGAUGAGGAGUAUGAUGGCUAAACAGGAAGGCAUGGAGGUGAAGCUACAGGUCACUCAGAAGAAUCUUGAGGAGUCUCAGGGGAAAAUAGCACAACUUGAGGGGAAACUGUUUUCAAUAGAGAAGGAAAAGAUUGACGAAAAAUCCGAAACAGAAAAACUCUUAGAAUACAUCGAAGAAAUUAGUUGUGCAUCAGAUCAAGUGGAAAAAUACAAGCUAGAUAUUGCCCAGUUAGAGGAAAAUUUGAAAGAAAAGAAUCAUGAAGUUGUAAGCCUUAAGCAGUCUCUUGAGGAAAAUGUUGUUUUACUUUCUAAACAAGUAGAAGACCUGAAUGCUAAGUGUCAGCUGCUCGAGAAAGAAAAAGAAGACCUUGUCAAGAGGGAUAGAGUACGGAAUGAAACUCUAAAUUCUGAAAUGCAAAACUUAAAGGAGAAACUUACUCUUGAAAAACAGGAACAUGAAAAACUACAACAAAAAGAAUUACAGAUUGAUUCACUUCUGCAACAAGAGAAGGAAUUGUCCUCCAGUCUUCAACAGAAGCUAUGUUCUUUUCAAGAGGAAAUGAUGAAAGAGAGGAAUCUCUUUGAGGAAGAAUUAAAGCAAACACUGGAUGAACUAGAUAAAUUACAGCAAAAGGAGGAACAAGCUGAAAGGCUAGUCAGACAGUUGGAAGAGGAAACAAAAUCUCGAGCUGAAGAACUGAAACUCCUAGAAGAAAAGCUGAGAGGGAAAGAAGCUGAACUGGAAAAAAUGAAUGCUACUCUCAGUCAGACUACCCUGCUUUUACAGGAGAAGUAUGAUAGUACAGUGCAAAACCUUGGAGACGUUACUGCUCAGUUUGAAAGUUAUAAAGCAUUAACAGCUAGUGAGAUAGAAGAUCUUAAGCUGGAGAAUUCAUCACUUCAGGAAAAAGUGGCCAAGGCCGAGAAAAGUGCAGAGGACAUUCAUCAUCAGAUAUUGGCAACUGAGAAUGCAAAUCAAGAAUAUGCAAGGAUGCUUCUAGACCUGCAGACCAAGUCAGCACGUAAAGAAGCAGAAAUUAAAGAAAUCACAGUCUCCUCUCUUAAAACAAUAACUGAUUUGCAGAACCAACUCAAGGAACAAGGUGAAGAGUUCAAGAAACAACUCGAAGAGGAAGAAGCACGAAAAGCUGGAAAAGAAAACACAGUGGCAGAGUUAACUGAGGAAAUGAAUAAGUGGCGUCUCCUUUAUGAAGAACUAUAUAAUAAAACAAAACCUUUUCAGCUACAACUGGAUGCAUUUGAAGCAGAGAAACAGGCUUUGUUGAAUGAACAUGGUGAAGCUCAGGAACAACUAAAUAAACUAAGAGAUUCAUAUGCUAAAUUACUGGGUCAUCAAAAUCUAAAGCAAAAAAUCAAGCAUGUUGUGAAACUGAAAGAUGAAAACAGCCAACUCAAAUCGGAGGUGUCAAAACUCCGCUCUCAGCUUGCUAAAAGAAAACAAAAUGAGACAAAACUUCAGGAGGAAUUGAAUAAAGUUCUUGGUAUCAAACAUUUUGAUCCUUCAAAGGCUUUUCUUCAUGAAAGCAAAGAAAAUUUUCCUCUCAAAACACCAUUGAAAGAAGGCAAUACAAACUGCUCUUGAGCUCCUAUGGACUUUUAAGAAUGAUGCAAGUAAACAUCGGAAAGACCUGUUAAAAAUUAUUUUAUUCUUACUAUUUUUAUUAUUGUUAUUGCUAUUGUUGCUGUUACUAUGUUUUUAAUGAAUGUUUUUAAUGUU